UUUUCUUCCUUUUUCUUCGCUUUUCUCCCUUUUUCUCUACUUUUGCAGAUAUCGUACACUUUUUUACUUGACUUUGCCUCAAAAUAACUGGACAGAUCUUGCAAACUCCUCUUGUUAUACUCGCCUUGUUUGGAAACAAGCGUCCGUGAGAGAGAGAUAGAAACGCAUUUGUGUACGCACCAGGGCACCCAUCUCGUCCUCGACAAAGGACGACCAGCCACCCUAUUCGAAGGCCAAAUCGUCCAAGGUCGAUCAUCCUUCCAACGAAGCGGCUCGGUCGAGUUUUCUCUUCUUCCUUCUCUCACCCUUUCCUCUCUCUCUCUCUUGCAUCGAGAUCGGACGGUGGAUUUGCUUGCUCGAUCGGGACGACAGAGUGGAAAGAGGAAGGAACGAGACGAUUACGCCGUUUACGAUUCGAGUUUGUUUGCUACCUGCUGCCUACAUGACAUCGGACGUAAAACGGACGGAUGAAAGAGGUCGGGAAGCGUUCGUUUGUAAGCAAAGAAAAGAAGAGAUGGACAAGGGUCCGAAGAGAAACGAGGAAGGGAGUGGGAACGAGAUAUUAACCCUUUGUGGUCAUACCGAAACAGAGAUAUGGGUACCAUGUUGGUUGGAUUUAAUUUUUAAUGGACGAAUAUCAAUUAAACGUUUCUGUGCAAACACGAACAGUACUGCUUUACUAUCGGGACCAGUAAACUUCGAAUUUGAUUCUGACAGCUCGCAAUUGAUACAAUUUUUCUCGCAUUAUAAAAUUUUGUUGGUUACGAAGUGCAACUUAGAAAGAAGGACGAUUAACAAACCACUUAAAUCGACAGGGAACAGCCACGCUGUCUCAGACUGCCUGACGGAUAACUGUGCAUACCAACGUGUACAAAGAUGCAUAGAAUGCACCAGAACAAACGUAGUUUAUAUUUUUUUAACGUGACCGAGCGAAGGACAGAGAAAGGAGAAACAUGGGGGAAGGGGAAAAGGAGAAGAAGAUGGAAAAGAAGGUUCAAGGUCGUGAGGAUGAAAGAAGCGCGUUUACCGUAGGAGUGGUCGUGUGGGGGGUCGAUGCGUCGUGGCCUCGAGCGUAUGUGUACGCGAGAACGGUUUCGGAACGGCCGCGUAAUCCGAAUCCGAAUCCGAAACCAGUUUCUGCCCCGUGGGUCAACCAGACCCGUCCUCCUCUUCAACGUCGUCUCCCACCGCGUUCGACCCAUGUUCGUCACUCCCCCAAACCGAAUCUCCCUCUUUCUAUCACGGCAAUAUAUCUCCUUUCUUCCGAAUCGUCGUGACCACCUCGUAUUUUUUCCAUUCUGACGUUUUCAAACCAUCAUCGACCGAUCACGAUGAUCUAAUAAUAGAAAAGUCCUGAUUGUUGUGUCGAUGCGAUACCUACGAAACGUUCUUUCUCGUCCUUUAAAGACGUGAGAAUUAGUGAACAGUUGAUGAACAGUGUUCGAAGACAAGAUGUUCGUAGGCGUGUUAUGUUCAUGUCCACUCUACGUAACACAAGCAUAUUUCGCGCGGUAUGCGAAUAAAUGAUAAGCAGAACUGUUCGUCAAACGUAAUGGUUAACUGAAGUGUUUGCAUCGAAUGAACACGGUGUAGUACUUGAAAUAUUUUUCUAGGUUUUAGGAAUUUGUUACAUGCAAUAUUCAGAAGAGAAUCGUAGAACGACUAUAAAUUGUUUGCCAACAUCUUACGAAAUGUUCGAUAUCCGCUCGCGUCCUUUUCGCGAACUAUCGAGCUUCAAAAUGGGGAUACGAUGGUUGCUUCUGUUGGUGAACAGUACGCGAACUACCUGCGAGCUGCCUGAACAACUAGCAAACGGUUCAGGAAAAUAUUCAGGAAGUAGCUCAGGCCAAUAUGAACCCAGCGUAAUGUUUGUUUCUCCCGUCGAUUCUAUUAUGUCGAUAUUAUGAGUUUUUUCGACGAACGUUUCAUUUCCGUAGAUAACCUUAUGCCCUCUUAUCCAACUCGGACGUUUCACAGAGAGACAUACACAUAAGUAUUAUAACGCGAUCUUCUCAAGGACUUGGUUGCAUCGCCUCGCGAUUCGAGGAACAAGUACAGUCAGCGUGUACUGUAAUGAUUAUAAGUAAUAAAUUAAAUCACUUCUUCAGUUCAUCGAUUUUUAUUAUUUAUGCCAAGUCCAUACUGACCAGAUUUGUGCACGAGCGGAAGCAACGUUAUAUGCACGCUGCAACUUACGAGCAGGAUAGAAGGAAAACGAGCUUGUUGCGAAUAAGCUCGUUAAUUUACUGUAUUUUAGGCAAAACGAUUGUUAAGAAGCAUACAUACUUUUGACAUUGCGUAGUUUCAAUAUUUCGCGUAAAUGCUAACUUCAUCUUACAAUAUACGAUAUACAAUAUACAGUAUACAAUAGGUUAUUUCACAGUAUAAAAAUCGUGAAUAUUUCCAUUUGACCGAGUAAACAACGAAUAAACAACGAGCGAAGAAUAAAGUCAACUGAGAAAGUCGUAUUCCUAACAAUAAUUUUCCCCGAAAUAAGCGAGUGUCGAGUAACUUACGGAUACGAGUGUACUUGAUUCGCGUUACGUCAAUGUCGAGCUU